CUGAGUUAACAGGUAUACUGAGUUAACAUUCACUUAAUUGUAUACCUAGCUAGAUGUUGUCUAUUUAAUAGUUGCAGGCUAUUUCAAUGUAUAUGGGGUGAUAUUGUGAAAUGGAUUUAAGAUGUUUGAUGUCGACAUGUAAUGGGUAAGGCUAUGUGUAUCAUACAUGUAUGGAUGUCAACAUCAUUUACACCUGUCACAUAACAAGAAACUAUGACCUGUUAUAGAUUUUAAAAUGACAAAAUGAGAUUAACAAAUGGAGAAGUGGACACAACUCUUUCUUGCUUUUGGAAAAGAGUAGGAUCUUCAUCCAAUCAAAGUCCAAGAUCUAGAUUUAAACAUUCAAGUUGUGUGCAUGGUAACUAUGUAUAUAUUUAUGGUGGCAAGGAUGGAACACAACCGCUCAAAGAUCUCUGGAGAUUUGAUACAUCUACUGAGGAAUGGGAUGAACUUGAUACUCAUGGCUCAGAAUUAGGCCAUCUUCAAGGUCACACAUUAGUAUCUUAUAAGCGUUUGAUAUUAAUAUUUGGUGGAGAGUUUACCAAUACUGUUAAUACAGCACCACUAUGGAUAUAUAAUCCAGACUUAAACCAUAUAAGGAAAUGUUGGUGUGAUCAGACGGCAAGUCAACCAUGUGGUAGACGAGAACAUACAGCUGUAAUAUAUAAUAAUAAUAUGUAUAUCUAUGGUGGUUUUAUAGAUAUAAAAGGGUCGACAUCCGAACUCUGGCAAUAUAGCAUAGAUGAAGAAGAAUGGUGUUUAUUGCCGUCGCCAAGAGGAGAUUCACCAGGUAAUCGUCAUGGUCACAGUGCUGUAGUUAGAGCUAAUAGUAUGUGGAUAUAUGGGGGUAUGAAAGACCUUACCGUUAAAACUGAUCUAUGGCGCUAUAAUUUUAUUUCUGGGAAAUGGUUCUUGAUGAAAAGUGUAAAUGGUGGACCACCUCCUUUAACUGGACAUACAGUAGUUAUGGUCAGUGAUAAUAUGUUGAUAUUUGGUGGUGAAAAUCAAGGAAAACUCUCUAAUGACAUCUGGUCUUAUCAUUUUGAAUCAAGUACAUGGACAAAGUUAGAACAUGACAACAGAGCUGCUUUACCUUCUAUAACCCAACAUUCUACUGUUGUUAUACAGAAUUAUGCAUCACACAAGACAGAAGGUGGUGCCAGAACUUCAUCUGUUCCUCAUUUACAAAGAAAGAAAAUACGAUCCAGCCAAUAUUCACUUCCUGAUCGACCACAGUCGACGCCUCCAAGUGGCCCAGCAAAUGCAUCUUCAGUUAAUUUUCAUAAUAAAAUAUUUCCAGCCACAAGUGAUGAUCAUGAAAGAUUAUCAGAUUUUUGUUUGCAAUCAUUGACAACAGUGACAGGUGACGUUGGAUUAAAACGGAAGACAGAUAAACAACCCUUGCUAGACGAUAGCUCAGGAAAUCUUAGUUUAGGUUACGAUAAUUGUGUAAAAGAUAUUUUAUCCGAUGAAACGGACGGUGUACAGUCAGAUAUAUGUGAAAUACUCUCUGACAAGGAUUCACAUUUGUAUAAAAAAGCAAGUAGCAGACCUUCAGAUUUGUGUUCAAAAUGUCUUGUCAAGCACAAAGCUACAAAACCAAAGAUAGAAUAUACCUCACAAAGAUCUAGAAUUUGUAGAAUAUGUUCAGAACCGUUAAGACGAUCGCGGCAUGAGAGUGAUAUUUUUAUAGAAGAUUUAGAACAAGUUGACGAUGAGAAUCAAAAUGAAACCGAGCCAUUGCCAAACUCUUUUUAUGUCAUGCAUCAUGACUGUAGUAAUAAUCAAAAUGGCCGUGAAAUAAUAGAACUUGACAUUGUUAAACCAAAUUCAGGGAAAGAUAAUUGUGAUAUAGUUUCUUGUUGCUCCAAAUGCAAUUUCAAGCAUAUAUGCAAUGGAGACAAUUGUAGUUCAGUUUCCUUAUUUUUACCUUCGCCAUCUAAAGAGUUUACUUCAAUAGCAACACAAACUGAUGAUGUCAUUCACGAUGUGAGAAGACCUGUCACUGAAAGUAGUAGACAACAAGUUUAUGAAGUGAUGGAGGAUUCCAGAUCAGAUAUUGCAGAUAAGAACAUCACUGCAGACGGUAAUAAUAUACAAGUGAUUAUAUUUGGAGGUAAAACCAGUACAACAAAGACUACGGAAAGAUGUGCUAUUAGUAUAUGGAAGUUGAGCAUACUGUUAUAGUCUGUGAUAUUAUUAUACUAUUUUAUAUAUUAGGUCAUUCUCGGGAACCCAAUGAGGAGUGCUCAAUAACCAUUACUACUAUGAUAAAUGUGGUGUUAGUUGUUAUUAGUUAUCUUUCCCAUCUUUCUCUAGGAACUGGGCCUAGAACCCUGGCAUAUAUUGUUACAUCUUCAUACAGAUUUUAACUUGCAAUCACCCUGUUUUAAAUAUCGAGACAAAGGACAUCAAUAAUUUUGAUUAGUCUGCAAACUUAGUAAAACCAUUGGUUCAGAAAAAGCAUUUAAUUUAUCUGCAAGUAUUAUUAAAAUGACUUUUGAUAUUAUGGCCUACAUGCAUGACAGAAUAAUCCCUAUAGUGUCACAUAUUGUUGACAUAAUAAUCCCUAUAAUGACACAUGUUGUUGACAUAAUAAUCCCUUUAAUGACACAUUUUGUUAGAAAAUAUAUUUUUAAGUGAUAAUAAUAAUGAUAUCCAUAAAGCACCAAAUCAUGGCACCGGUAUAUAUAAAAGUUUACUAGCUCUAGUCUUAAGUUUUUUGUAACUUUUUGUAAUGAAUUUUGAAAAGAAGAGUUUUUAAGAUAGAUUUGACGAUUACAAACAAAGAAGUCACAAAACGAAGUUUAGCUUCGAGUAAAUUAACUCUGGUAUCAAUACCUGAUUGAGAUUGAUUGAAUGCUAACUUAAUAAAACUGCUGCUUUGGUAUCAUUAUCUAAUUGAUAUUGUUUGAAUGCAAAUUUAAUAAAACUUUUGUUUUGGCAUAUGAUUGGUUAAUAUUAACCAAUACUAAUAAUCAUAUACAAUGCUGGACGACUAUACAUUGAUCAUAUUAUUAUGAUUAGUUAAUGGGCUUUUUAGUGUUCAAUAAAAUAGCUCACAGCAAAUUUAAUCAGGAUUAAUUGUUCAUCAUAAUGUUAACUGAUUCUUUAGUAUUCAGUGCAAAUUAACUAGAGCUUAAAGUAUGAUUACAUUAAAUCAUAUUGAUCUGAAGUAUUUCACUGGGUGCCAAAUUCUAUAGUAAUCAAACCAUACUGCAGUGAGGUAGCAGUACAUUGUACAUAUAGGUCACACAAAAAUAUUAACGAUUUGUUCCAUUAAGCCAAAACCUACAAGAUAUUUUUCAUGUGUAAAUAUAUUUCUAAUAAUGAUAUUAAAUAAAUAAACUAACCACAAAUCAAGUUAUUCAAUAUUUGAAUGACAUCUUACCCUGCAUAAAGACUUAAAAAAUCACAGUCUGUAAAUAAGCAUGCUGCAUAAAGACUUAAAAAACCACAGUCUGUAAAUAAGCAUGCAGCAUUGAGACAUAUAAAACCACAGUCUGUAAUAAACCUGCUGCAUUAAGACUUAUAAAACCAAAGUCUGUUAUGAACAUGGUACACUUCACAAAGACUUAUAAAACCACGGUCUGUAAUAAAGUGCUGCAUGAAGACUUAUUGAACCACAGUCUGUAAUUAACAUUUUGCAUAAAGACUUACAAAACCACAAUCUGUAAAAAAGGAAAUAUGUUGCAUAAAGACAUACAAACCAGUCUGUAAAAAAAAUAACCUGCUGCAUGAAGACUUAUAAACUGCAAUCUGUAAAAGCAUGCUGCAUGAUGAAUAUUUAUAAACCACAAUUUGUAAAAUGUGUUGGGAACUGUCCUUUUAUCAAAUUGUGCAUAAUUUCCCAAAGACAAGAAUUUAAUGUUUCAUGAUAUAUAUGCAAAUAAUCUGAAUGAUUAUUAACUGCUUUAUGUCAGCUUUUUGGCUGAUAAUGUUUAAUGCAUAUUGGUGGAUUAGUAUUAAUUCUAACUGUGAUAAAUAUAAAAGAUAUAAAACCUAUCUAUGACUGUUGUUGUUGACUAAGCAUAGAUUUAAUCUGGGAGUAUAUUGUAAAUAGAUAUUAUUAAAGUACUUGAUUAUUAAUUAAAUGUCCAAAAUUAUUUGCCUUAGAAGUCCUUUCCAUCAUUCUUUUUCCGUCACCAAAUGGUAUAUGAAUAAAGACGAUAUCUCUUAUCGCAACUAGACAUACUUUGCAUGAUACACAAUCUGAUUAAAACACAGAUCCUGUUUCAAUUCAUUUUUUAUACGCCCAAAUUGAAAUGUGGUUGUAUAUUGUCGUCGCCCCCGUCCGUCCGGCGUCCACAAUUGCUUGUGGACGCUCUACAUGUAGAGGCCAAAGUUAAUAUCUGAUUGACUUUAAAUUUAUACACAGUAUUUAAGGUCUUGAGACGAAGAAACCUAUUGAUUUUCAGCGAUUUUCGAUAAUUAUUUCCAGAGUUAUGGCCCUUGAUCACUUCAAAAAAUCUUGUCGACGCUCUAAAGGCCAAAGUUAAUAUCCGAUUGACUUUAAAUUUAUACACAGUGUUUAAGGUCAUGAGACAAAGAAUCCUAUUGAUUUUCAAUGAUUUCCGAAAAUUACUGCCAAAGUUAUGACCCUUGAUCACUUUGUGACGCUCUAAAGGCUAAAGUUAUCAUCCGAUUGACUUCAGAUUGAUACACAGAGUUUAAGAUCUUGAGACGAACAAGUAUAUUGAUUUUCAAUGAAUUUUUAUGUCUUGAACAGCUAAAUCCAUGAUUUUAAAAGUUUUGUAUACAAAACGUUAGCAUGGGGCAGAACUUUAUAAAAACAAACAAAUUCUAAUGGUUUUCUGAUAAUUACUUCAUAAGUUGUUGCUCUUAAUCAGAUUUUAGUGUAAUAUAAAUGUUUCAUUACCGAAAAAAGUAAAAAUAUGCAACAACUUUUGUUGACUGCCCGGAUGAUUUAGCUGUUGUGGGUGUAUGUUUCGUUGCCUGGCAACCUAUCUUAUAGUUCAAAUUUCGUUUUAAUUGUUUUUACGACACUAGGAUCUGGAAGAUUUGUUAUUAUUGACAUGUUUUGAAUAGUGUGAGGUAUUAGCCAAUGAAACGGUCUGUUACGGCGAGCUUUAGGCGUGUUUUUCACGGAACUGUGGGUAAUCCACUAGUAACACUAAUGCUGAUUGGUUAAUCAAAUGUCUGACGUCAUAGACUCACUUGCCGCACGUAUGACCUCUGAUGUGACCUAUCGCAACAACUGGUCAGAUCUUCAUGAAGUGUAGGCCAUCGAAAGUAUAAAAACACGAAAUGAAAUAUAGAUCUAUAUUUUAAUCAGAUUGCAUGAUACAAAUCGUUUGUGUAAAUAUUUGAUGUCCAGGGUUUGCUUUUUUUGUGGCAUUUGAACACAAAUUGCUACAUUGAAGAUUUGAGGUAAUCAAUUAAUAUUUAUAUAAUGCUAUUAUCUAAAUUUUGUUGUUAUGCUGAAAAUACCAAUAAUGUCAUUUUAUGAUAAAAACAUUUUUCUUGAAGUGAUUUACUGUAAAGAUAUCCCAUUUGAAGAAACCCAAAAAGCAGACAAAAUGGUCUUCACAGGAUAAGUUGAAGGAUCAUGAAGGAGCUUCUUCUCCCUUCAUUUCACCUCCCGUUGUUAACUGUGUGUUAUAGAAUAAAGUAUAAAUAUAGAUUUUUGCAUCUAUAAUUCAUCUGCAUGAAAACCAAUAAAAUAUGUAUAUAAUGUUAUGAGUAGUUGCAACAAAGUAUGAUCAAAUGGCAGCCAAAUGGUACUCCAUAAUGUAUUUGUCAGUCUGGCUGUUUGACAUUGGAAAGAACAAAAAAAAAAAAUCAAAGACAAAAAAAAUUCUGAAAAACAAUUUGUGUUAAAU